AUGGCGACGAGAGUAGAUCCGACGAUCGAGGUGAAGGUUUUCGUGGACAGGGAGAGGAGCAGGGUGAUCUUCGCGGAGUCCGGCAAGGAGUUCGUCGACGUGCUCUUGGGCUUCCUCACGCUGCCUCUCGGCACCGUCGUUCGCCUCCUCGGCAAGCAGUCCCAGGUCGGAUGCCUCGACGAGAUCUACAAGAGCGUGGAGGAGCUCUCCACAGACUUCUUCAGAACCGAGGCCUGCAAGGGGAUGCUGCUUAGGCCCAUCAGCGCUGCGGCGAAGCAAUGCUGCGACCUCAAGGUCAGAGUCGACGGCGCCAAGCGCGACGGGGAGAGGCCGGAGAGCUCUGCUGCAGCUGCUGCUGGUUCCGACGCCGGGGUUUUUGUCAAAGGCGACGUGAAGUUCAUCGUCACCGAUGGUUUCCUUGUGGCACCAGCAUCGACGUCUCUCAUGUUGACCCUUUUCGACAAGUUUGACGUGCAGGAUCCCUCCAGUCUUGAGCAGAGGACUCUCGACCUUAGUUCAGACAAGAUGAUUAGCCUGCUUAAGAGAUCAUUAACGUCCAAGAACGCUUUAACUGCUCACUACUUCGAUACUGCUAUGGCGUCCGAUGAUUCCGCCAUUGAUAUCCUCACCAAGAACAUGUAUCCUGAACAAGGAAAUGAUGCCGAUCCCAACCUGAACGAUGUCAAGAUAAAGGUUCUUCAGACGAAGAACAACUCAUCAGUGCUGUAUGCAGAAGUUGGUGCCAAUUUUGUGGACCUUCUCUUUAGCCUACUUUGCAUACCACUAGGAUCCAUCAUGAAGACAUAUGGUAAGUGCGCAUCAAAAGGAUGUGUUGACAAUCUGUACGGCAGCAUAGAUGGCAGUGCUCAGGAAUGCAUGAGAUCAGAAUGCCGGAUCUCGCUACUAUCCCCAAAGUUGGCACCCUUCCUUGGUUGCAGCACUAGUAAGUUGCUUCAAGUUGAAGAACAGGAUCCAGGUAAGAAAGCUAACUGCGUAUACUGA